AUGAUGUUUUACAACACUGAACAUGUUAUCAAUGUUUCACAAAUAUCGAAGUCAAUUGUUAAUGAUCUUAAUCUUGUUACACAUAGAUAUGUUAUUUAUCCUCCACUUAUUUUUUUUAUCUUUGGUUUUAUUGGAUUCACUGGAAAUCUUUUCACAUACCUUCAUGCUGAACUUUGUUAUAAUACUGUUUGUAUUUAUUCACUCUGUGGCUUCACAAUUGAUAUAAUCAAUCUUGCUCUGAGUUUAUUUCCAAGAUAUCUUUCUGAAAAGUAUGCAAUUCGUACUCCAUGGACUAGUUUACGUGCUACAUGCAAACUUAGUAUUUUUCUCCUUGCAUUUCUUCCUCAUUUAUCAAUUCAUUUUUUGCUCAUGCCCACCAUCGAUUGA